CUGUGCCUGGGCUGUGGGAUUGUGUCCCUGCUGGAGGCAGCGUUGGGUGAAACCCGGGAAUUUUUGGGUGUGGAUUUGUCCCAGCCUGUCCCCGCGCGGGGCUGGCUCCCCACUGUCCCCCCGGGCAGUUCUGGGCUGCGUGUCCGGGCGGUGCCAGCCGGUCACCGGGGUGUUGUCACCUCCCUGCCCAGACCGGAUUUGUCACCGAGGGUCAGUCCUGGCCCCGGGAUGGAGCUGCUGGCUGCUGUCACCCUGCUGGCCCUGCUGCUGCUGGCACUGGGACACCCCGACCCCGCGCUGGACCGGCACUGGGAGCUCUGGAAAAAAACCUACGGGAAGGAGUAUCAGCCCCAGGAGGAUUCUCUGCGGCGCCUGACGUGGGAGAAGAACCUGUGGCUGGUGACCCUGCACAACCUGGAGCACUCGCUGGGGCUGCGCUCCUACACGCUGGCCAUGAACCACCUGGGAGACAUGACCAGCGAGGAGGUGGCGGCGGCGCUGGCGCGGCUCCGGCUCCGGCCCCGGGAAUCCCAGCCCCAGCCCCGGCCCCGGAGGGUGGGGGACAUCCCCCAGGAGAUGGACUGGAGGGACAAGGGCUGCGUGACUGCUGUCAAGAACCAGGGCGCCUGCGGCUCCUGCUGGGCGUUCAGCGCCGUGGGCGCGCUGGAGGCGCAGGUCAAGCUGCACACGGGGAAUUUGGUGUCGCUGAGCGCCCAGAACCUGGUGGACUGCUCGGGGAUGUACGGGAACCAGGGCUGCGCCGGCGGCUUCAUCACCGCCGCCUUCCAGUACAUCAUCGACAACGGCGGCAUCGAGGCCGAGGAGUCCUACCCCUACACGGCUCAGAACGGCACCUGCCGCUACAACGCCUCUGCCCGCGCCGCCUCCUGCUCGCGCUUCCUGGAGCUGCCGCCGGGCGACGAGGCCGCGCUGCGGGACGCCGUGGCCACCGUGGGCCCCGUGGCCGUGGCCAUCGACGCCACCCGGCCCGGCUUCUUCCUGUACCGCUCCGGGGUGUUUGACGACCCGCAGUGCUCGCAGGAGGUGAACCACGGCGUGCUGGUGGUGGGCUACGGCUCCCUGCAGGGCAAGGACUACUGGCUGGUGAAGAACAGCUGGGGCGUGUGGUUCGGCGACGCGGGAUACAUCCGGAUGGCGCGCAACGCCUCCAACCUGUGCGGCAUCGCCAGCUACGCCUCCUACCCGCUGCUCUGAGGGACCGGGGCUCCCGGGGCUCCCGGGGCUCCCAGUGCCAUCACAGCGCCGUCCCAGGGCUCCCAGUGCCAUCCCAGUGCUCCCAGUGCCAUCCCAGCGCCAUCCCAGUGCUCCCAGUGCCAUCCCAGUGUCAUCACAGCGCCAUCCCAGUGCUCCCAGUGCCAUCCCAGUGCUCCCAGUGCCAUCCCAGUGCUCCCAGUGCCAUCACAGCGCCAUCCCAGUGCUCCCAGUGCCAUCCCAGUGCUCCCAGUGCCAUCACAGUGCCAUCCCAGUGCUCCCAGUGCCAUCCCAGGGCUCCCGGGGCUCCCAGUGCCAUCCCAGCGCUGUCCCAGUGCUCCCAGCACCUUCCAAAGGCUCCCAGUGCUCCCAGUGCCAUCACAGCACCAUCCCAGUGCUCCCAGUGCCAUCCCAGCACCAUCCCAGUGCUCCCAGUGCCAUCACAGCACCAUCCCAGUGCUCCCAGUGCCAUUCCAGGGCUCCCAGUGACUUCCAAAGGCUCCCAACACCUUCCAGCACCUUCCAAAGGCUCCCAGCCUGUCCCAGUGCUCCCAGCGCCGUGCCAGUGCUCCCAGUGUCAUCACAGCGCCGUCCCAGUGCUCCCAGUGCCAUUCCAGGGCUCCCAGCGACUUCCAAAGGCUCCCAACACCUUCCAGCACCUUCCAAAGGCUCCCAGAGCCAUCCCAGUGCUCCCAGCCCGUCCCAGUGCUCCCAGUGCCGUGCCAGGGCUCCCAGUGUCAUCACAGCGCCGUCCCAGUGCUUCCAGUGCCACCCCAGUGCUCCGAGUGCCGUCCCAGUGCUUCCAGUGCCAUCUCAGAGCUCCCAAUGCCAUCCCAGUGCCAUCCCAGUGCUCCCAGUGCCGUCCCAAAUCUGCCAACACCUUCCAAAGGCUCCCUACACCAUCCCAAAUCUCCCUACACCAUCCCAAAUCUCCCAGCACCAUCCCAAAUAUCCCAGGGCUCCCCUUUUCCAUGGAUUCCAUCCCAGCAGGGAUUUUUCCCCUUCCAGGGCUCCCUCCCAGCCCCAGUGGUCGGAUCCAAGGGCGGGGAGGGAAUCCUGGGUGUGGGAAGUGGGAAUGUCGUUGAUGGGAAAUCUGGGAAUUCUUUUUUGUGUUGGAAAUUGGGGAUUUUGGAGUGAAAUUGCAAUUCCUGCAGGGAUUGGUUGUGGGGAUAAGAGGGAUGAGGUGCAGGGAUCACUGGGAUGUUUGGGAUCAUUUGGAUUGGGUACUGGGAUCACUGGGGUCAUUGGGAUCACUGGGAUUGGGUAGCAGGAUCACUGGGAUUGGGUACUGGGAUCACUGGGAUCACUGGGAUUGGGUAGCAGGAUCAGGGAUCACUGGGAUUGGGUACAGGGAUCAUUCAGACCAUUGGGAUCACUGGGAUGACUGGAAUUGGGUAGCAGGAUUACUGGGAUGGGGUACUGGGAUCACUGGGAUGGGGUACUGGGAUCACUGGGAUUGGGUACUGGGAUCACUGGGAUCACUGGUAUUUGGUUCUGGGAUCACUGGGAUCGGGUACUGGAAUCACUGGGAUUGGGUACUGGGAUCACUGGGAUUGGGUACUGGGAUCAUUCAGACCAUUGGGAUCACUGGGAUGACUGGAAUUGGGUAGCAGGAUCACUGGGAUUUGGUUCUGGGAUCACUGGGAUCGGGUACUGGAAUCACUGGGAUCACUGGGAUCGGGUGCUGGGAUCUCUCCGUGUGGCACCGCUGGAAUCACAAAUAUCCCAUGGAAAAAUAAAAUUUGCUUUCUGCUGCCUCAAAA